GUUUCGAAGAGAAAUCAUUUCUUCCGAGUCUUAAGUGUCUUACAAGUCACACCACAUAUAGACGAGACACUUUUAGUCCCCCAAAAACUCUCUCUUUCUUUACACACAAAAGCAUAUGAGAGACCUCCAGAAAUAUGAUUGCAGUGCUCUGUUGCUCAACCUUACCACCCCCAGCCUCAACAAGGCCCAGAGGCGUUGGCGUUUUGCCUACGCUGCCAUCUACUCUGUAAGGGCUAUGCUUUCUCUCAUUAAGGAGACGGUUCCCGCAAGGAUUGAUCCAAAAAUAUCUGAUGACUCCCUCUCUCUCUCCUACACACCCCUCGAGUCCACUGAUGGAGCAAAGAUCAACUCUAUGCCUCUCUCUUACGUUCCUGACAUCGAUCAGGAACGACUUGUGGAGAUCAUGAAGGGUAAGGACUUAGCUGGAAUCCAAGCGCUGGGUGGCGUUGCGGGUGUCGCUACUUCCCUAAGGACAAACGCCACCAAAGGGAUCCAUGGGAAUGAGCAAGAAAUCAGUAGACGUCGUGACCUCUUUGGCUCUAACACCUACCAUAAGCCACCGCCUAAAGGACUUCUCUUUUUUGUUUAUGAAGCUUUCAAAGACUUAACCAUCUUGAUCUUGUUGGUCUGUGCCACUCUCGCCCUUGGCUUCGGAAUCAAAGAACACGGCAUCAAAGAAGGUUGGUACGAAGGCGGAAGCAUCUUCGUAGCAGUCUUCUUGGUCAUAGUUGUCUCUGCUCUCAGCAACUUCAGGCAGGAAAGACAGUUCGACAAGCUGUCCAAGAUAAGCAAUAAUAUCAAAGUGGAAGUCCUUAGAGACAGCAGGCGGCAACAUAUCUCCAUCUUUGACGUUGUUGUUGGUGAUGUUGUCUUCUUGAAGAUUGGAGAUCAGAUUCCGGCUGAUGGUCUGUUCUUGGAUGGGCAUUCACUUCAGGUGGACGAGUCUAGUAUGACCGGAGAGAGUGACCAUCUCGAAGUGGAUCUCAAGGAUAAUCCCUUCUUGUUCUCUGGCACGAAGAUAGUUGACGGGUUUGCCCAGAUGCUAGUUGUCUCCGUGGGUAUGAGUACCACCUGGGGACAGACGAUGAGCUCCAUAAACCAAGAUUCUAGCGAGAGAACACCUUUGCAGGUCCGUCUGGAUACGCUGACCUCCACCAUAGGAAAAGUUGGUCUUACGGUGGCUGCUCUUGUUUUGGUAGUAUUAUUAGUCCGUUACUUCACAGGGAACACAGAGAAAGAGGGUAAAAGAGAAUACAACGGGAGUAAAACACCUAUUGAUACUGUGGUUAAUUCCGUGGUGCGAAUUGUGGCAGCUGCUGUCACCAUUGUCGUGGUGGCUAUCCCGGAAGGCUUGCCAUUGGCUGUGACUCUGACGCUGGCUUACUCCAUGAAGAGAAUGAUGUCUGAUCAAGCUAUGGUCAGAAAGCUCUCGGCGUGUGAGACAAUGGGCUCAGCGACAGUGAUAUGCACAGACAAAACAGGCACAUUAACACUGAACGAGAUGAAGGUAACCAAGUUUUGGCUUGGCCAAGAGUCAAUCCAUGAAGACUCUACCAAGAUGAUCUCAUCUGACGUUCUCGAUCUGCUUUACCAAGGCACCGGUCUAAACACGACGGGAAGCGUCUGUGUGUCAGACUCAGGAUCAACGCCUGAGUUCUCGGGCAGUCCAACAGAGAAGGCUCUUUUGUCUUGGACAGUGCUAAAUCUGGGUAUGGAUAUGGAGUCAGUGAAGCAGAAACACGAUGUUCUCCGCGUAGAGACUUUCAACUCGGCAAAAAAACGAAGCGGAGUUUUGGUCCGAAGAAAAUCUGACGAUACAGUCCAUGUACACUGGAAAGGAGCCGCUGAAAUGGUCCUAGCUAUGUGUUCUCACUACUACACGAGCACGGGGUCUGUUGACGUAUUGGACUCCACCGCAAAGAACAGAAUUGAGGCAAUAAUUCAAGGUAUGGCGGCCAGUAGCCUGAGAUGCAUAGCAUUCGCCCAUAAAGUAUCAUCAAACGUCUCGGGAUUAGAGGAAGAUGGCUUGAACUUGAUGGGAAUAGUGGGUCUGAAGGAUCCAUGUCGUCCUGGUGUCUCAAAAGCUGUUGAAACUUGCAAACUAGCGGGGGUCACCAUCAAGAUGAUAACGGGAGAUAAUGUUUUCACUGCAAAAGCGAUAGCGUUUGAAUGUGGAAUCCUGGACCACAAUGACGAAGAUGAGGAAGAGGCCGUUGUAGAAGGUGUUCAGUUCAGAAACUAUACAGACGAAGAGAGAAUGCAGAAAGUUGAGAAGAUCCGGGUCAUGGCAAGGUCAUCUCCCUCCGACAAGCUUCUAAUGGUCAAAUGUCUGAGACUUAAAGGCCACGUGGUAGCCGUCACAGGGGAUGGCACCAAUGAUGCACCUGCACUCAAAGAAGCAGAUAUUGGACUGUCUAUGGGGAUUCAGGGCACUGAAGUGGCGAAAGAAAGUUCAGACAUUGUCAUUUUAGAUGAUAACUUCACAUCCGUUGCUACAGUCUUAAAAUGGGGGAGGUGUGUCUACAACAAUAUCCAGAAAUUCAUUCAGUUUCAGCUAACAGUGAACGUUGCAGCUCUUGUGAUCAAUUUCAUCGCAGCAGUUUCAGCCGGUGAGUUGAUCUUGCAAUUUAAAGGUAUGUCUAUAUUCAACGUGCCCAAGGAAGUGAAGAACACACUCAUAUUCAACACUUUCGUGCUCUGUCAAGUUUUCAACGAAUUCAAUGCAAGGGAGAUGGAGAAGAAAAAUGUAUUCAAAGGACUUCAUAGAAACAGGUUGUUCAUUGGAAUCAUAGCGAUCACUAUCGUGCUUCAAGUCAUUAUGGUGGAAUUCCUAAAGAAGUUUGCGGACACAGUAAGGCUUAACGGGUGGCAAUGGGGAACUUGCAUAGCGAUUGCAUCUCUUUCAUGGCCCAUUGGCUUUUUCACAAAAUUCAUUCCUGUUUCUGAGACACCGUUCCUCAGUUACUUUAAGAAUCCAAGAUCCUUAUUUAAGAGUUCAAGAAGCUCAUCUCUCAAGAAACCUUGAGAAGACUACCAUAGUAGAAGCUUACCAGUUUACAAGAUUUAAAUUCAUUAGGUGAAACUUUGAUGGUUGCCCACCAAGAGGUGCAUCUACGAGGUUAUGGCCACUGACUUCUAAGUUCUUUCAAACUGCUGCAACAAGGUGGCUUUCCAGUUCACUUUUAUAGAAACAUUAAACAAGAUUACUAGGUUGGUUUAAGAAGAUAUCUGGAUGGCUUUGGAAAACUGAAGGAAAAACAAUAGUGUGAGUUUGAAUUUUGGCCUACCCAUUGGUGGGUACUAAGACUAGCCUUGAACUAUCUGCUGUACAGUGGAAGGGUAUAUUACACCGUUUGUACUUUUAAAGCUAAACAAGUAGGGAAGUUUUGUCUUGAGGUGAUGGUUACAUACUUACAUCGUGCAAGUUUGUCUGGUAAUGUUUGGGUGAAUAUGUGAGAGAGAGACCAUUUUGGUUUUGUACAGUUUUCCUUUUUCUUAAGACGUUUGGCAUCUAAA